ACGCAGGCUCCUCCCCAGUUCCACGUUCCACCACACCCUUUCAUUGCCAGAGCCACUCCGGCCUCUGCUGCUUCGGACAUGUUGGAGUACGCUAAGCUCUACUAUUCGAACAUUCUCACCUCCAAGGGAAUGGAUGAUACGGCGGACACAGAUCCCUCGCGGGAAUCCGAUAUGUGGCUACAGACAGACGUAAGGCUCUCUACAGAAGAUAGGCUAGCAUUGCAUAGGCCAGUCACAACGGAGGAGUUGGUGCAAACGUUGAAGGUUAUGGCAGCAGGGAAGUGCCCCGGCAGGGAUGGGCUCACGGUUGACGACGAAGAACCCGUGCCACAUACCCUCUCAAGGACUCUCGCCCCGAGCCUCCAGUGGUCGGCUUGUAUCGAGGAGCGCUGGGCGGAUGACCGUUUUCCCUCCCGUAGCGAGUACCUGGACGUCCACAGCCUGACUAAUCCCCGCUUCUUUCGGCAACCAACGGCGUUCGAGUGGGCGGCGCUGAGAGCAGAAGAGGAGGCCGAAGAGGAAUCGGAAGGAGAAUUGAGGACAGAGGCCGGGGAAGCAGCGGCCCGAUUGGCCGAGGACGAGGAAGAAGAGUGCGAAGCAGAAGAAGAGUCGGCGGAAGCUGAAGAAGAAGAAGAAGAAGAAGCAGAGGAAGAGACUUCGGAGGAAGAGGAAGAGGCCUAUAGUGAGUACUGCGAGGGCGAGCAAAGUGACGAGGAGGACGAAGACGACGACGAAGUGGAAAACGGGGACGACCCGGAGCCAUCGCACGGCGAGCUCGAGUGGGUGCCCGGACCGGAUCGACGAGAGGAAAACCCUGAGGCUGCUGCGCAGCGCAAGAAAGAGAUCGCGGAAGGAAAGCGGCUGGCGAUCGAUCCUGCACCGAGCGAUCCUUUCAAGGAUCCCGAGCCGCCCAAGCCGGAGCAUGGAGACCUUGCUGCCACGACCUCGAGAGCCGUGGCGACAAGGCGCCGACCCCGAUCCCGAUCCACGUCCCCCUCCGCCUUCGCCCGUCCCCCAAUUCGUCAACGUGUCAAUGAGGGGCUUAGCCCUUUGUCCCCGAUCCAUAUACCACCAUCCCCUUAGCUAUCUCUCUUUCAAUCAGUAUUUCCAUCGCGUCGUCUACCCCCGUA